UCUGGCCGACAACAUGGGCGAUGAAAUAGAUAAAGCCCAAGCCGCUAAACCGGGUGGUGACACAAUAUUUGGGAAGAUUAUACGUGGCGAAAUACCCACAAAGUUUAUCCAUGAAGACAGCGAGUGCGUAGCAUUUCACGACAUCUCACCCCAGGCUCCAGUUCAUUUCUUGGUUAUACCUCGAAAACCCAUUGCUAGACUGUCUGACGCAGCAGACAGUGAUACCAGCUUGCUAGGACAUCUUUUGCUGGUGGCACGCAAGCUUGCCAAGGAUCUGAAGCUGGACAACGGCUACCGAGUGACCAUAAAUGACGGUGCGGACGGAGGUCAGACGGUUUACCACGUUCACGUCCAUGUUACGGGCGGGAGACAGAUGGAGUGGCCGCCAGGAUAAGAGGCCAGGGUUCAAGGGUCAAAAUAAAGGGCAAAGGAAUGAAGACAAUAGGUUUUGAUGUCAUAAAGGUCAUAAAGGUCAAUAUGACAGUUUCAAGGUUAUGAAUUCUGUCAUAAAUUUUUUUUCAGAGUUAUAAACUAGGAAGAAUCUAUCAUCAGUGCCAGUAGUUGGAUGAAGGGUUUGUGAUGAACGCUAUUUCAUGAUAAUAUCAACCUGUACAUGAAUGUGGGUCCUUACAAUUUAUGUGUUUGGGUCCUUACAAUACAUGUAUUUGGGUCCUUACAAUACAUGUAUUUGAGCCCUUACAAUACAUGUGUUUGGGUCCUUACAAUACAUGUAUUUGGGUCCUUACAAUACAUGUAUUUGGGUCCUUACAAUACAUGUAUAUGGGCCCUUACAAAACAUGUAUUUGGGUCCUUACAGUACAUGUGUUUGGGUCCUUACAAUACAUGUAUUUGGGCCCUUACAAUACAUGUAUUUGAAUCCUUACAAUACAUGUAUUUGGGUCCUUACAAUACAGUAGUAUUGUUUCUGAUGUAAAUGUAUGAUAUGCAUACGUAGAUACUUGACUAACUAUUGGUUGACCAUGGAUAAGGAUAUUCACUUUUGUUUGUAGUUAGUCCUGGCAACUGACUAUAAUUAAUAUGCUGUUUUGCAUGAGUUCUGUUUUGUCUUGUUUUUUCCCCACGAGAGGAAUCACUGUCGCGCAAUUUUGCCUUCAUACAUGCGUCCAUUAGUUUGACAUAUAUUCUAGAGUCCGAAGCUUUUUAGAGUUUUAAUCAUGUGCUAUAUGAAGUGAGAUUAUUGAUGCAGCAAAUAUGUGCUAAUGGUUAUUAAUGGUUAUAAAUAAAUAAAGAAGCUCAUAGUAAUAAAUGGAAUGGAAAUACUGAAACAAGCCUUGUUGUCUUUUUGUAGACUGUGUACAUUAGGUACAUGGACUUCUCUGUUGUAGGGGAAUGGAAGAGCUCAGUGGGUCACUUACUUGUAACUGUAUCAGGGAAUCUAUGAAAGCAGUGACAUGUCUGUGUUAAAAGCCAUGUCUAAAUGGCGACAUG